CAAUUUCAGUGUAGUUCGAGUGUAAUUGCGGCAAUUUUUAACCAAAAAAAUGUCUCGUCGUAAAAUUUUGUCUGCAAAUGAAAUUAUUUCGCACCUGGAGGAUGAAACGGACGUUUUAGCGGCAGAUAUUUUUAUCACCCCACCAGAAAAUUAUGAUAAAAGUGACGAAGACAGUGGUGAUGAGGAGUCGGCCCACAUAAAUAAUUUGUCAAGGCACCAACUGUUGGCAGAAGCUGAAAUUCGGGCUACCGUUGCUUCAAAUACCGGUAUUUAUAUUGAAGACAGUUUAUUUGACCAUCAACCUCUCGAACCCGUACCCAGUACCUCGUCAGUAAACCCACCGCCGACGAAAAAAAGGCGCGCUCCUGCAUCUAGACGUUGGAGGGCUAUUGAUAUUUCAGAAAAACAGGAAAAAGAUACUAAUUUACCUAGUUUUUUAGAAGAUUUUGAAACGCCAAUACAGUUCUUCGAAUUGUUUUUUGAUGACGAGGUGUUUGAGUUAUUGCGUUCAGAAACAGAAAAAAACGCAAUUCAGAAAGGCAAGCAUGGUUUUAGGGUGUCGCUGACCAGAAAAACAGGAAAAAGAUACUAA